AACGACAAUCUAACAAAAUUAACACCAAAAAUCAUUCUUAUAUUAUCACUUAUUGUUAUAAAUUUAAAUAUGCAAAACGAAAAAGCUAACGAAAAUAAAGAAAAUUUGAUACUUAGCUUAGAGACGCGCUGGGCUAAUGACUGGAGCCAAAAACGCAAAAAAUUAGCCUCAGAAACCAAUGAAGAACAUGAGGCACGCCUUGCUCACAGGCGUGAAACAUAUAGACAAAAAAAAGUAAAUAAAACUGAAGAGCAAAGAGCCAAUGCAAUAAAUAAAAACACAUCAAAUAAACGAAGAAUACAUGCCUUAACAAAUUCUUCAGAACCAUGA